AGAUAUCUGUUUCUCCUCUGCUGUCGCUCUGAUACACACACACAGAGGGAGGUAGAUAACUCUGUGAUUCCACUGCUGAAUUUUUAACGCUGUUGUGGAACUUUUUUUUUCCAGGCGGGUCAGUGUAGCACCAGGGUAAAGUUACACGACAGAGACGGAGACACGGGGUUCAGUUUAGUUGUUCACUGAGGCUGGACAGAGACAAGCUGUUCAUGGGGUGUACGGCCCGUCCCGUCCUGAUGCCGUUUCCGUAGCAACAUGACCCUCAACACACAAAGAGAGAAAGAGCCCCUGCGUCGGCGGGGCAGCACGCCGAUUCCUCCGGGCCAUUUCUCCCGGCACCAGUCCUGGACUCGGGAUCUCCGGCUCCCUGGAAGCGCCCAGCCCGACCCGGAGCAGCCCCGUCCCCAGCGCAGUCACCCUCCUCUCGGACAGUCAGCCUCCUACCACCCCGGAGACAAGUCCCUCCACUACCGCGCCCACUGGAGUUCGGACUCGGACGACGACUCGCAGAGCGACUCGGACUGUGUUUACAGGGUUGUGUUGCUGGGCGACCUGGGUGUCGGAAAGACCAGCCUGGCAGGGAUCUUUGGUGGGAUCACGGACAAAGAUGAUCACACCGGGGAGGACACAUAUGAGCGGACGCUGACAGUAGAUGGAGAGGAAACCACACUCGUUGUCAUGGACACCUGGGAGAACGACAGACUGGUGCAGUGUAAAUGCAACACGGAGGGGGAGGAUGGCUCGUCUCCGGACGACAGUCUCAAAGUAGGGAGCGCCUAUGUCAUCGUCUACUCCGUCACCGACCGCGCCUCCUUCGACUCCGCCGCUGAGCUCCGCAUCACGCUGCGACGCACCCGGCAGGCUGAAAACAUUCCCAUCAUCCUCGUGGGCAACAAGAGCGACCUGGUGCGGUCCAGAGAAGUCGCAGUGGAAGAGGGCCGAGCGUGUGCGGUGGUGUUUGACUGCAAGUUCAUCGAGACGUCGGCGUCGCUGCAGCACAACGUGGCCGAGCUGUUUGAGGGCGUCGUCCGGCAGAUCCGUCUCCGUCGGGACGGCGGCGAGGGCGUCCAGCGGCGUCGCUCCGUCUACAAACGCAAAGAGAGCCUCACCCAGAAGGCCCGGCGAUUCCUGGACCGGCUGGUGGCGCGGAACAACCAGCGCAUGGCGGUCAAAGUGCGGUCGAAGAGCUGCCACGACCUGGCCGUCCUCUGAAGACACACGCGUUCACCAGGAGGAGUUGUUCUGUGGGACGUUGUUUUUUUUUUUUACUCGUUGAAGUUGUCGCUGGCUGUAAUAUCAUGAACGACAGUGUCUACGGUGAGCCGUCGGACAAAAACAAUCCGAAUGGACGAGUGGAGUCUGCAGACUUUGACUUUCUCGCUGUGAUCAGUGAUACAAACUCAUUUUUCUGACCGUUGACCUUUUGGUUUAAACAUUUACGUGGCUUUUCCUUCAGAUAACGACUGUACAGGAUCAUCACUGUAGCUUUAGAGAUCGGUUGACUGCUUGGAAUCUGUGUGUGUGCGUGUGUGUGCGUGCAUACGUGCGUGUGCGUGUGUGUGUGUGUGUGUGUGUGUGGAGGAUGUCCUGCAGUGUCCACCGCUUUUCUCCUCCAAGUUUCUGCUGUUUUCAGUUCAACACUGCAGAAUAAAGUCUUAAAGGAACAGUC